CAAUUCAAACCCAUUAAAGGCAGGGUAGUCGAGUUUCUCAUUAUCCAUUACCCUAUAAUAAAUUUACAAUUUACAAAUCGUUCACACUUUCCUUAAAAUCGAUCAGCCAUCAGAGAUUAUUUGGGUUCGUUGGGUAUAAUGGCUUUGACUAAUGAUCAUAUUCACGGUGACAUUUUGGAAGUGGUGCUUUCGUACGUGCCGCUUGUGGAUUUGGUGCCGGCGUCGGCUGUGUCAAAGUCAUGGAACUCCGCCGUGACGGCGUCUCUCCGGUGGCUCAACAAGCCGAAGCCGUGGUUGUUGGUUCACACGCAGAGCACGCGGUGGCCAUACGAGAUGGCGACACGCGCCUACGACCAUCGCUCUUGCGCGUGGGUGGAGGUGUCGAACCCGGCCGCCAAGUACGUGUCGGCCCUCCGUUCCUCGCACUCCAACCUGCUUUACAUGUUGUCCCCGACGACGUUUUCGUUUUCCUUCGACGCGCUCAACGUCGCGUGGCGCCACGUCGAGGCGCCGAAGGUGUGGCGGACGGACCCCAUCGUGGCGCACGUGGGCGGCUACAUCGUCGUCGCCGGCGGCACGUGCGACUUCGAGGACGACCCCCUCGCGGUGGAGAUUUACAACGUGGGGGCUGGCACGUGGGAGGCGUGCGAGUCCAUGCCGGCGAUUCUUAAAGAUUCGUCGGCGUCCACGUGGCUCUCGAUCGCCACCGCCGCCGAUAAGCUCAUCGUCACCGAAAAACUCACCGGCGCUACCCACUGCUUCGACCCGGAGACGAAGAACUGGUCCGGACCCUACGAUUUACGCCCCGAUCAAAGGGUCUCUCUCUCCAUCAUCGGAUCCUCCGAAAACCGGCUAAUUCUAGUCGGAGCAAUCGGGGACAUCGGGAACAUCGAAGGGAUAAAAAUAUGGGAAGUCAACACCGACAACUUUGAGUGCCAGGAGAUCGGCGAGAUGCCGGCGGGUUUUGUCAAGAAACUGAAGAGCGAGACGUUUGGAAUAUCUUCCAUUAGCCUCUGCAUGUCGGGAGAUUACGCCCACAUAUACAACGCGUCGGAGGCGGAGGAGGUGGUGGUGUGUGAGCUGGACGCCGCCGCUGGAGGCUGCGAGUGGCGGAGCUUCAAGAAUGUGGUGGCCGGAGACGGAAAUAACAGAAUGGAGAGGGUGGUGUUAACGUCGUCGGAAGUUUCUCUGGGCGAAUUGCGGCGAGCUAUGGGAUCGGAGAAAGCUAGGUUUACGGUUAAGAUGUAAGGUGCGAAGUGCUCUGUGGUUUGAUGAUUCCGGUCUAAUCCCAAAUGAGGAUUGUAUGUUGUGUUGUUUGGUUGAGGGAAUAUCGUAUCCGCAAUCUCAUGUUUGGUUCUAAAAUUAAACUAUAGUGCCCCAUUUGCUCUA